AUGCUUCAAGAUAUGAGCCUGCUCCUCGAUGCAAAGUCAUGUUUGGCAACAGUCGUUUCCACGGCACUUAUUUACCUCUUCACCAAAGUCGUUUACAAUGUAUUCUUUCACCCACUGAGCCGCUUCCCCGGCCCCAAAUCCCAUGCGAUUUCUCGCAUUCCAUACUUUCGGCGUGCAACUAACGGCACUCUCCCCUUUGAUAUGCUCGAUCUGCAUAAACGCUACGGAGACAUUGUUCGCAUUGCGCCAGAUGAGCUUGCGUUCUCCCACCCAGACGCAUGGAAAGAUAUCAUGGGCCAUAGGAACGGAGAGCCAGAGAUGGCCAAAGCCAGCUGGUUCUAUCGUCCUAUUGACGAGCCUUUACAUAUUGUCAACGAGGAUAUUGAUGAACAUAAGCGAUUACGCCGACAGAUGGCUCAUGGAUUCUCCGAAAAGAGUAUGCGGAGCCAGGAACCUAUGAUCCGCAAAUAUGUUGAUAUGCUCCUGACAAGAUUACAAGAGAACUGUUCAAAGGGCAGUGUGGUCAUUUCUGAUUGGUAUAACUUUACGACAUUCGACAUUAUUGGUGAUCUCGCAUUUGGAGAGCCCUUCGGUUGUCUGGAGGGUUGCAACUAUGAUGAUUGGAUUAAGGGUAUUUUCGAAUCCGCAUACCUGGGCUCUUUCUUGCAGGCUUUGUCUUUUGUUCCAUCAGUGAAGGGUAUACUUUUGUCGCUGGUUCCCAAGGCAAUGCAAGAGGCUCACCAGAAGCAUAAAACCCUUACGAAAGAGAAGAUGCUUCGUCGGAUUGCUAUCACUGAAGAACGACCAGAUCUUAUUGAAGGGUUAUUGAAGAAGAAAGAUGAGUUGAAUCUUGGUGUGGAUAAGCUUGUUUCAAAUGCUGAGAUCUUGAUCAUCGGAGGGUCUGAGACAACCGCGUCAUUAUUGAGCGGAGUGACCUAUCUAUUACUACAAAACCCGGAAGCUCAUCAAAUCUUGAAAGAGGAAGUUCGAUCAACGUUUGCCAGCGAGGAAGAAAUAAACUUGAUUAGUGUUAACAAUCUUCCCUACAUGUUAGCAUGUCUCGACGAAGCAAUGCGCAUGUACCCUCCCAUCGCUAACGGCCUUCCACGGGUUUGUCCUAAGGGCGGAUCUCAUAUUCUAGGAGAGUAUAUUCCAGAGAACACUAAUGUCUCUAUACAUCAAUGGGCACUCUAUCGCCGUGAAGAGUAUUUCAAAGAUCCCAAUACUUACCAUCCGGAACGUUUCCUUGGGGAUACCAAGUUCGUGAACGACCGACGAGAUGUCUUUCAGCCAUUCCAUAUUGGACCAAGAAAUUGUCUUGGGAGAAACCUUGCAUAUAGUGAAAUGCGUUUGAUCCUUGCUCUUGUCAUUUUCCAAUUUGAUAUGGUCAUUGCAGAUGAUAGCCGGGACUGGAUUGACCAAAAGAAUUUCCUCAUGUGGGAGAAGAGUCCUUUGAAGGUCUAUUUAACACCGAGGAAAUGA